AAGGACAAAACGACCGCGACCACCAAGAGGUCCAAUUUGAGUCCUGCAGCGAUGGCAGACACAGAGAUAGAUGUCACAAAGCUCACGGCUCUCUCUAUUGAGACCCUGCAGAACCAGGCCACCAUCAAUCUCGGCACAAUCGGCCAUGUCGCGCACGGUAAAUCGACUGUGGUCAAGGCCAUCUCUGGCGUGCACACUGUCCGCUUCAGAAACGAGCUAGAGCGAAACAUCACCAUCAAGCUGGGUUAUGCCAAUGCCAAGAUUUAUAAAUGCGACAAUGAAGCAUGCCCGCGACCAGGCUGCUACAAGUCCUACAAGUCGGAUCACCCAUUGGAUCCUCCCUGUGAGCGAUUUGGGUGUGGCGGAACAAUGAAGCUGAUUCGUCACGUCUCCUUUGUUGAUUGUCCGGGUCACGACAUUCUCAUGAGUACCAUGCUGAACGGAGCUGCAGUCAUGGAUGCUGCACUGUUGCUGAUUGCUGGAAAUGAGCCAUGCCCGCAACCGCAAACAUCAGAGCAUUUGGCUGCGAUUGAGAUUAUGAAGCUCAAGCACAUCAUCAUCCUGCAGAACAAGGUAGACUUGAUGCGCGAAGCUGCUGCUGAAGAGCACUAUGGUACCAUUCAAAAGUUUAUCAAGGGCACCGUUGCGGAUCAAUCGCCUAUUGUGCCCAUCUCAGCACAGCUCAAGUACAACAUUGAUGCCGUGCUCGAGUACAUUGUCAAGAAUGUCCCUGUUCCUGUACGUGACUACAGUGCUUCGCCACGUCUGAUUGUCAUUCGUUCAUUCGAUGUCAACAAGCCUGGUGCAGAAAUCGAUGACCUCAAGGGUGGUGUUGCUGGUGGUUCCAUCUUGACGGGUGUCAUCAAGGUUGGUGAUGAGAUUGAGGUGCGACCUGGUAUUGUCUCAAAGGACAGCGAGGGCAAGAUUCGUUGCGUGCCCAUCUUGUCUCGCGUCGUGUCGCUCUUUGCAGAGAACAACAACCUGACGUAUGCUGUGCCAGGUGGUUUGAUUGGUGUUGGUACCAGGAUUGACCCAACGCUGUGCCGUGCAGACAGGCUUGUCGGACAAGUACUCGGUGCGAAGGGGAACUUACCCAGCAUCUACAUUGAGCUUGAGAUCAACUACUUUUUGCUCCGCAGACUGCUUGGUGUCAAGUCGGAUGAAAAGGGCAAAACCACAAAAGUCAGCAAGCUUACGAAAGGCGAGGUGCUCAUGGUCAAUAUUGGAUCGACUGCCGUGGGCGGUAAAGUGAUGGGUGUCAAGGCUGAUUUGGCCAAGAUUGUUCUCACUGCUCCUGCGUGUACGGAGAAUGGCGAGAAGAUUGCUUUGAGUCGGCGGAUUGAGAAGCACUGGCGGCUGAUUGGAUGGGCUGAGGUGAAGAGUGGAACGACCAUUGAUCCAGUCUCUGCAUCUUCGUAAUUGAUAGCAUUGUAGCGUGGCUUUAGACUCACUGAGAAUUGAGUCUAUGUUCUCACCUUUUGACGAUUUGAUACAGACAAAUCUGGAUACAAGUCUGGCUUUCGGCAGAAGCAGCCACAAGGAUAUGCAAGUUG